CGGUGCUGCGAACUCAGGUUCUUGGACUGUAGUGUAAUCUGGAGGUGCAUUAACUUUGUUAAGGUUGAUCUUGCGCGCGGGAAUUGUUGGGCUGCUAAUUUGCGCGUAAUCAAGUUGAUAUCUUAAGAAUCUUGAUGCCUUUCGCUGGGCCCCUGAGAAUGAGCCACUUUAGUGUUUGGUAGUUUCUCCUGGAAGCAGAUUUGCCAGGUUCUGGUUUCGUUUGAAAUUGUUGAGUGCGGAAUGUUUAGUUUUCACUUUGUUGGGGCCACAGUGAUGUUAUCAUGUUAAUAAUUUCAUAAUCAUGUUUAGUGUUAUUUUGGUGCAGAGUGCUAUCAUUAUUUCGUGUGUCUAUUGGUCGUUAUCAGCGGUUCCUCCAUUGCAUUCGAAAAAUUGGCCGCCUAUGAAAGCCUACGACAUUUGGAAUGUGGAAGGAAGUAAUCAAGUUGAGGUUGACGAUGUGAAGGCCAAAGAAUCUGAUGUGGAAAUGAAGAAACUUCCCGGGCUUGAAUCAUUUCGUUGGAAUGUUCCGAGGCAAAACUCCCGCCAGAAUAUUGGAAUUCCACGUAAAAGUAAAGUUUUAAACUUCUUUCCGGUGUCAGUCGAUGGGGAAUGUUUGUCGAGUGAUGGACGACGUUUCGGUGUUUGCCUGAACGUUUAUGAAUGCCGCAUGCAGGGAGGAAGUUCUCGUGGUGAAUGUGCCUUGGGUUUCGGAGUGUGUUGUGUUUUUGUUGCGGAGUGUGAACAGGAAAUUAAAAACAAUAUCACCUACAUUGUCUCGCCGAACUUUCCCAACUUUUUACCACUGAACAUGACGUCGUGCAGGGUGAAGAUACGAAUAAUCAAUGAGGACAUCAGCCAGUUACGUAUAGAUUUUAAUCAUUUUUUGUUGGGUCAACCGAAUAGGAGAACUGGAGUGUGUGACGGUGAUGUGUUCUCAUUAACCGGAGGUUUGGACGGAGCUUUAACUUUAUGUGGUCAAAAUAGUGGGCAACAUAUAUAUUACGACAUCGGCGGAAAACCAAAGAGAGCUCAUCAGAGGGAAGGGCAGCCUGAGGUAACGAAUUUAUCACCAUCAGUGGCCAAUGGCAUCCAAACAAAUCUGAACGCAAGUCUUGGAGAGACACCAUCAUCUACUGCUGGUUAUGGUGUCAAUGGGGAUGCCCUUGCUGCAGUGGCCAGCGAUUCUAUUGAAAUUUUAAUGAACUUCACAAGAAGCAGUUUGGUGUCGUUUCGCUUGUGGGAGAUUCGAGUGACACAAAUUCCGUUCAGCCAGCGUGCUCCGGCCGGAUGCUUGCAGUACUACACCGGACUACAAGGUAUUAUCCAGACAUUCAAUUUCGCUGAUAAUGGACGGCAUUUGGCUAACCAGAACUACAAGGCUUGCAUUCGGCAGGAGAGAGAUAUGUGUUCUAUAACAUACGAACCAUGUGACGAAGAGUCCUUCAGAAUUGGAGCUAGCGCUUUGAGCAGUGGCAACGGUGCGAUGAAUGCAGCGACGACUCCCACUGACAGUAGCCCAGCUUCCCCGUUCAGCAGUCCUGUGGACACUACAGUUCCCAGUCCAACAACAGCAGGCACUACAGGGACCCUUACGUCAAGCGCAGCUACAAGACUAUCAACAUUGCCUACCACAGAAGCGACCUCACCGCCAACCCCCCCGGUGACAGCGGGUACUACGGCUGCUUCACAGGCAGAUGAUCCAGAUGCAGUGGAGGGUUCCGGUGGUGGCGACAUACCUGCAUCUGCUGCCAGCUCAGUCCCCGUUCGUGGCGGAUUCGAUAUCUUUUCGUUCUUCCGCAACACAUUUGGUUUUGGCAGGCAUAUGAGAAGCUUACGGCGUGAACGGCAAUUAUUUUCGAUGUGCACCGACCGGAUAACCAUUCCAUGCAUAAUUGAAGAUUUUAUUGAGGGCAGUUUGGGACCUGUGGCCGGCUGUGAGCCUGUGCAUUGCGGAAGUAGGUUUUGUUCCUCGACGAAUGGAGCAUGCAGAAUUGAAUCAACUGUGAUCCCCUUUCGGGUUGGAAUUCAUUUUGGCGAUGGGGUCGGCAAGGGUAACCCUGAAGAUAACAUUGGAAUGUGUCUUAGAUAUAGUCAAGUGCAGUGUAUGUGAACAGAUGUCAUAUAAUAAUAGAAUUGUACAAACCGAAAUACAGGAACAUAA